AUGUCGCACGGACGAAACGAAUGUAGAAUAUAUGUCGGCAAUUUACCGCCCGACAUUAGAACUAAGGAUAUACAGGAUCUGUUUCACAAGUUCGGAAAAGUAACAUUCGUGGAUCUGAAAAACCGCAGAGGGCCGCCAUUUGCUUUCGUCGAGUUUGAAGAUGCUCGCGAUGCCGACGAUGCGGUGAAGGCACGUGACGGCUAUGACUACGAUGGGUACCGACUGCGCGUGGAAUUUCCUAGGGGCGGCGGCCCUGGAAGUUAUCGGGGUAGUCGUCAAGGAAACAGUGACCGUAAUAGUCGCGGAGAUCGCGGAAAUCGCGGGCCACCGGCACGACGCACACAAUUCCGGGUGAUGGUUUCCGGAUUGCCAUCGUCUGGAUCAUGGCAGGAUCUGAAAGAUCACAUGCGAGAAGCUGGGGACGUAUGUUUUACGGACGUGUAUAAAGACGGAACUGGAGUGGUCGAGUUUCUUCGCCACGAGGACAUGAAAUAUGCCAUCAAAAAGCUUGACGAUUCCCGGUUUCGUUCACAUGAGGGCGAGGUUGCCUACAUUCAUGUGCGGGAGGAUUCUGGAAAUGACGAUAAACGAGAUUACAGAGAUAGAUCGUAUUCACCCCGUAGGCGAAGGGGAACUCCGACAUACUCACCGGUACAACGGAGCGUAUCUAGAUCCCGCUCUCGCUCAUACAACUGAACAAUCGCUAAGGUGUUUUGUUCCGAUGGAGUCUAAAGGUCUAGAGGAUUGAUAGAAUGUGAUAAAUUUGAAAGGAUACAACAGAGAUUCAAUGAGGAAAUGCAAAAAGUUUCUCCGGUAUGGCGGGAGUCGUAUCGUAUCCGUAUAAUGUAUCAUGUCGUGGGCUGAUAGCAACCGACGUUGAACUUUGCUUAGCCGGACCCAUCUUCAGGACGCCAGCAAUUCGUCUCGAAACCAAAGAACACGCCUAGACGUCUGUUCUUUCUUGGAGAUUGCAUUUUGUUUUAAUUAACUUUGUAACUCUAUGUGCCGCCGUUUUGUGCAAUUUUGAGUUACAAACAUAAUUUAAAAUGGCGUUGGAUUAGCACUCGAGGGUUGCAUUAUUUGUUGUCCUCGAGAGCAAACAUUCAGAGAUGCUGAAAUUCAUGAUUCCCAAUUUCCAAAUGGUGAAUGUAUUUAGAAUGUCAGCUAGAAAUUUCGCACACCAUCAGGAUGUGUAUGUGUGUGCUGGUUAAACUGAAUAAUGUUGCAUUAUGAACCUAGUGAAACCCAUUCAAUGCAGGCAGGAUAUAACCUCGGAAAUCGAAACGAAAAUGAAGGAUCAUUCACGCACCGUGUUGGAUUCUCAGGAUCUCGGUCAGGAUUUUAAAGUAAGGUGCGCUUCCCCUUGCUCACGAGCCCGGAACGAGUGCGGUGUGGGAUCGCUCUGAUGUCUUUGGCAAUGUGUCUAAAGGAUUAUCCGGAAAGAAGGAACAGUGUGUAACGUUCCGUCAUAACAAGCGAUAAUGGAGCCUUAUGGACUGAUAUCCGACCAUUGGGAUAUUGCUCCAGCAACUCUUUCUCAUGACUAGUAGGAAAUGUGUGAGUAAUUGAUUUUCAACCGUGGGAAUGCAGUGGGAAACAGUGGAACAUAAGAUUUAUGAAAUCCGGACACCACCGAGGGACUGGAGUUGCACAGGAAGGAAUGGAAGGAAAUGUUUUUGGCCACAAAAAUAGAAGAGGAUGGAUUUAGAAUUACUUUUCGCUGUAAUUCGUUUGCAUUUGGAUUCGUGGAUCACCGUUGGAGGAAGGAACCGCGAGGAAAAGCAGUGUUUUAUCUGGUAUGUUUGUGCAUGGAACGCAUUUCGUCGCCUUGAUCCAACUUGCCAAACUAUUUUUCCAUCGCUGGACGACGUGGGAUGUGGAUAGUUUUGCCUUGCAGGAUUGGUCUUUCUGGAUCGUCGUAAACGCACAUUUGGCACCUAUUGUAUGCAUUUGUGCGAAUGGAAUGGCAACCGAUCUCAAAUGCUUCUGCUGCCGCUUAAACACCAUCGUAUGGUAGAAAGGAACGGUUCAUAAAUGGAAGAAAACCACAAACACACACUCUCACCUUGGCAAAUGCUAAUCAUAGAUUGGAUCGACGUUGGAAAUGCAAUGUGCAUUCGUUUGGUAAAAAAACGCAGAUUUUUAUUAUUACAUUUUCUUUCCUUCCUGUAGCUUUUAAUUGUAUUUUCACAACUUUCUCCAUGUCGUCUUCUUGACUAUUUGUCACUGUUCAACUACCCCGCAUUUUAGCAGUUCUAGCUUGGAGCAAGAGGUGAUAUAUGAAUUCAAUACCAGCCUCCUCACUCCAUUUUUUUCCGUUAGACUUUCUUCAAAACGUUUCGACUGUUUUGUUUUCAAAUGUUCGCAUGCUGGAGUAUCAUGUCCAAAUUCCCUAAUCCUAUCGCACAUGUGCUUCGUAAAUGGUCCGUGGAAUUGAUCAUUUAAUUCAAACCAUUUCUAACAGGAUGCAUUUACAAAACACGUUUAGGAUGCUAACGGUAAGAUUUUUUUUACUGGUGAUUUUAUCAAACUCGAUAUAGAUGGAGAUGCAGCCGGCACGACCGUUAAAUGGAAAAUCGAAUUAAGGUAUUGCGCUAAUCGUAAGUAAUUGCACGCAGCAUAAAACGGUACGGAUCUUGGGUUUAAGGGCACUAAAGAUUGUCAACAGAAGUAUACAAUAUGAACGCAAUAGCCUAAUCAUGUUUGAGUGGUGGUAAUGCUAAUAAAGUUGCAACAGAGUAUGAUUU